GCUAUACCCAGAAGCGUAACCUUGACCUCGCAAGGGAAUGCUUCCGGUUUGUGUUGUUUACAAAAGCUUGGGAAAUGGAUUUCGGUUGAAGGUUCAUCAUAUUGUUCUGAGAUAAAUGAAUACUGCUUUCCCAGUCAAAGAAGAAAGAGAAAGAUGGCAGAGAAAACUACUGCAGUUGGUGUAUUCUGGGACAUUGAGAAUUGCUGUGUACCACGGUUUAUGCCAGCACUGUCAGUUGUUCAGCGGAUACGUAAUGUUUUCUUCUUUGGACACUGGGAAGCUGAGUUUAUGUGUGUAUGUGACAUCAACAAAGAGUCAAAAAGUGUCAUUGAAGAUCUCAACAAUGCUCAGGUCAAUGUUGUGCAUAUCAACGCAGGUAGCAAGAAUGCAGCAGAUGACAAACUUCGGCAGUGUCUUAGAAGAUUUGCAGAUUCUCAUUCACCAAAUUCUAAAGUCAUUCUUUUAUCAAGUGACGUGAAUUUUGCCAUCGAUCUCUCCGAUUUGCGACAUAGGAAACGCAUGCACAUUAUACUUAUUCAUCAUGCACAUGUACACGAAGCCCUCGUGGCAUGUGCUCAUGAACAUUACAUCUAUGAAGACUUUGUUGCUGACAUUCCUCUCAAACCACCAAAAGAAUUGCAGAAUUGGGACCUGAAACUGUCAGUGCAAGGAUUCCCACCUAACAUAAACUUAGAUAAAAUCAAGAGGCGCUUGCUUUUUCUGUCCAACAACUGCGGUGGUCGUGUCCUUUCUAUUUCACGACAAACUGCCAUUCUCAUCUUUGCCAGUCUGGAGUCACUUACUAGGGCCUGCAAGCGCAUGGAUGGUGAAGAUGUGUUUGGACAAAAAAUAACUGCUACCAUCAUUUCUCCAGAAGUAAUUGGUUUCAGUCAAUCAAGUCCAAUAAAAUCAGGUAUAAAAAACAUUAGUCCUGGAGGACAUCACACCCUUUCAUCUGAUAGGCAUUGCCCUGCACCAGGUGGGCCUGGAGACAUCAGCGUCAACAAAUCUUCCUCAGAAGGUGGUUUUUGUACACCAGUGAUCUGCAAUGAUGGCAGUGGUGGCAGCAGUAGCACAUAUAGUAGUAAUGGCAUGCACAACCUAGCUUCAGAAACAAAUAUUGCAUGCUCUCAGGAGGAACCUCUUCAUAAAGAAUCGUAUAAUGGGGAUAAGAAAAUUUUAUCACAGUUCAAAGAAGAGAAAAUUUCUCAAAGUGUGAUGAUUCAGCAGCAGAGAUGCGAAGAGGAGGAGGAAAAUGGCGUAAAUAUGAACUCCACAACAGGCACAGUGCAGGCAGUGUCACAUACAUUAACCAACGUAUUCCCUGCUAUAAAAUCUCAACCCCCAGCUAUAGUUCCUUUUACAGUGCUGGAUAGUGCCAAAACAUCUCGUACUGUAGAUGUCGCAGGGGCCUGGAACUUAUCCAAAACUGUUAACUUCACUUAUCAAACUAUGUACAUCCCAUACAUUCGUCCACACACAGUUCUUUAUCCCCAUUAUGGAGGAUACGUCACCACCAGCCAUAGGCCACUAGCAUUCCACCAGGAGCGACCGCGAUAUUAUAGUACCAGCAUGGUGCCACAGGUAAGAAAUUUUGGCCCAAGAAAUCGCCCGCACAGCUCCUGCAGUAAUCAUGAUGACUUCAAUGACAUGGAAGAAAAUGAGUUUUGUUCUGGUAAAUUAAGCAGUGAGAACAGUGGGCCGGUGAACCUGUAUGUGUCAAACCUUGACUACAAUAUCAGCAGUCGAGAGUGGCGAAAGAUCUUAGCCUCCACUUUUCAACCUCACAUUCAGGUUCUUGGAAUCUUUGUGCGUACACAACCAGACAAUACAACACUGGCUAUUGUUAAAGUAGCUUCAGUAGAGGAUGCUCGGUUUGCAAUUUCUCAGUUUCAUCGUCGGAAGAUUGGGUACAAGCGAAUACAUGUCUCUUUGAGCAAUGACUUUGAUCAAACUCCAGCAGAAAGCACAAGAAACGAAACUAUAUCCAUUUUGUCUGAGUGCAAAGACUUCACCACUCCAGUAUUCAAGUUCAUCGAACAAUAUGAGAAGAGGAGUCACAAAUCAAUGAGCGUAUCUGAUUUGUAUAAAAUGAAGGAUGUAGUAGAAAUAAUAGAUCGCGGUGGAACAGGCCGAAUGGUACGUCUUGUCCCUGGUAUAUGCCCUAGCCCCGUGCCAGCAGAGUUAAAUCCCAACCAGACUACAGAGCAGGAAGACACGAAAGAGUUGCCUGUUUGCCACAUCCAUUGUCCAGAAGGAAGCCUACAGCAUUCAGAAGCUAUGAAUACACACAUGCUACCACUUGUUCAACUCCAGAGGAAACCAUUUGCUGCUCACGUACAUUCGUUGCUUCUUGCCCACAAUGGCAUAAUGCCCUUGAUGAGUUUCCCUGUCUGCUACACAGCAGAGUUUGAUUUGCUACCAGUAGUGACUAGUGGUGGGGUGUCACUAGAACAUCUCUUGUCAUGUGUACCUGGGGUAGAGAUCACCAUUUCCUCAAAGGGCACAAAGGUUAUCAGUUUCCAGGAGAACAAAGAGCCUCCAGGAGCAGAGCCAUGUGGCCGCAGCAGUCCAAUGUUGUCGCAACAGAUGGCACAGAUCAGUCGGGAGAUUUGUGAUUUGCUAAGACAGUCAUCUCACUGCUGCUUGCCUGCAUCCAAAUUUAUCCCUUCUUAUCAUCAUCACUUUGGCCGCCAGUGUCGUGUGGCUGAUUAUGGUUACACCAAACUGGCAGAGCUGUUUGAAUCUUUGCCACAUGUUUUGCAGGUCUUGGGUAUUGGUGACCGCAAAGUUCUGACCCUAAGUCAUCGGGCGCAAGUAAAACGCUUCACUGCAGAUGCUUUAAAGGUGCUUAAGGUUCAGCCGGGAAAACAGCUUUCUACAGAAGAAUUUCCAAAGGCUUAUGAACAAGCUCUUGCCCGUCCAUUUGACAUAACACACUAUGGUUUGGCAUAUUUGGAAGAUAUGUUUAUGGACAUUCCAGCCACAUCUAUUUUGAUCACUCUGGAAGAUAACAAGACAAUCAUGGCCAUACCUAAGAGAGACCAGACUCCGGAAGAAAUAGAGCGGACAAAACAGUUUGCUUUGGAGGUUGUUGACUUGCUGAAACAUAAUCCACAAUGCCGCAUGGCUUUCAACAAAUUUAUUCCUGCUUAUCACCAUCACUUUGGUCGUCAGUGUCGUGUGGCUGAUUAUGGUUUCACUAAGCUUACUGAUCUCUUUGAAUGCAUCUUCCAAGUAGUAGAGAUUGUAGAGGAGCAAGAAGAGAGAAUGCUUAAGCUCACAGCUCCAGAAAUGCGAGCUGUCUUGGCUGAGCAGAUGAUGGGACUCCUGCGGGAACAGACAGAUUAUAAACUGGCUGUAGAUCAGCUGCUUUUGGCAUUUCAGCGCCAAUAUGGUUUUCCUCUAAGAUUAGCAGAUUAUGGUGUUGGGACAGUACCAGCACUGUUGGGCAAAAUCAAGCAUUGUGUAUCUAUUCAGAAGCAAGGUGACAUAGACUUUGCUGUGCUACGCAAUCAGAAUAAUCUUCCAACACUUGCACUGAGAGUGCUGCAGCUUCUGAUGGAUCAGAGUGGAGGCUGUCUUCCCCUUGUAGAACUGUGCAGUCGUUACAACAGCACAUUUGGUGUUGAGUGUGAUGUUCAAGCUUUGCAAGAAGAGAUGCUAGAUUACGUGCAGAUAUCUAAUGAAAGUGACGAUGGAUCAGCUGUCAUACGACUAACUGCUUUGCAGACACUGGGCCGUGAUAUCCGCAAUAUGUUGAGAAAGCUUGGCAGCGUCCCACUUGUCUCAUUCAGUCGGGUGUAUUAUGAGGAAUUUUCAGUGGAGCUGAAACCUGCUCUCUACCGAUACCCUGAUGUGUCAAGCCUGCUACGAGCUUUGCCUCACAUUGUAGUUUUGACUGGGAAACAUAGCAGAAAAUCAGUAGAGCUGUCUCCAAUUUUAGGCUACUGCAUGGAAGACGAGGAAGUGGCAUUCAUCAAUGCAGUGGAUAGCACUCCUAGAUAUGAAGAUCAUCUUUCAGGACCUCUUCCAUCUGCACUACCUUCCCCAGAACUGAGACCAAAUGCCAACAUUCCUGACCUUAUGAAAUUUGAAAAACAACCAGAUUACAGUGACAAGAUGUGGGAACUCUCAGCUGAAGAGAAAAGGGGACUACGCACCCCUCUCUGCCGAACCCCAACAUCAGAGUUGCUCCAGCUUGCAGUUUGCAGUCUUCCUCUUCCCCCUCCUGCUGAGCAUUUGUUCCCAAACAAUAUCCCACUUACCACAAUCUUCCCACCACCGCCAUUGCCCAGCAGAGACAGCCAGGUUGACAUGUUAGAUUCUUGUUUCCAAAGCUCUUGCACAACUUUAUCUCAGGAGAAGAUUGAAAGGAACGAGGAGUUUCCUAGAACUCAAAAGUGGGAAGAACUUGUGCAUAGUGGAUGGUGGCAGCAUGCAAAAUCAGAAAUCCCAUCAGGAAUUGGAGUUGGGCAUGAUGGAAGCUGCAUUAAAAGAUGAGGUAAUUAUUAAAGAGCUCAAAGAAUUGCUAGUCCAAGAAAAGACAAACAGUACUACCUUUAUGCUUUCUAAUCUUGGGCAGAACAUUUACUCAUCAGAUGACACACAAGCUGUUGCCAGUGAUGGUGGUAAUGAGGAGUAUCAGCAUGGUAUCAUGUUUUCAAGGGACACUGACAAUGGUCUUCUUAGCUCAGACAAAAUCUUCCAGAAAAGUAAUCACAUUCACCAGGCACGUCUAGAGGAAAGAAACAUGGCUCUGGCUGCUUUAUGUAAAAACAAAAUGCUUCCACCCCUCUCUCAUGGUAGAAGUGAAUCAGAGAUCACUUCAAAGCCUUUGCGCAAUAACUUAGCAUUUGAAUGCUUUGAAAACUAUGUACAGCCAUCCUGUACAGCUUCCCCAAGAAAUGGUGCUGAAGUAGGUUAUCCCCUUGAAAGUCUGACUAACGUAGAUAUACCAUUUGCACCAGAAAAAACUGUUGUGUGUCCGCCUGACUCGAUCGCAUCACUUCAUGAGAAUGCAGAUGAAGUUAAAGUGGAGGGAUUGACUAGCUGCUUAGUAUCUGAAAAUGAAGCUGCUUUAGAGGAAGGUGAAGUGUCAAGCUCUUCCAGAAAAAGCCCUCUAGAAGAAGUAAGGGAUAUCAAUCACUGCUUCCCACUCGCUGUCAUGAAACCAUCAGGUGAUGCUUUUCAGAGUUAGAAAAUGUUGUGCAGAUUUGGCUGGUGAUGCAAUUUCAUAUGCAGGUGGCAGUCCACAACUGAAUAGGAUCUCACUUAGUCAGAUUCUCAGCCCAGCCAUCAGGAGAUGACUCAUUCUCUCUUGGGCAGCCACUGGAUUCAAGCUCUGUUCGGUCAGAAUGCAACUCUGAUUCUGCAUCUUCUUUUGACUCUCCUAAAAAGCACCCACGCCGAUCACGUAUUGCUGCAAAGUUUUUGAACCCAUUGUAACAAACCUUUAAUGGUAAGCUGCAUUAAUAUGCAUGAGCUUGGGGCAUUAUCUCAUAUUUAGAACGGGAAUGUUUUCAAGUAUUACCAGUGUUUCUGGUAUGUGUGCUUUAAUCAGCCAUGUGAAUCAUUUUCUUUUUUUUGUAACUUUGGCAGCUAAUUUAUUGUCGGGGUUAGUAAAAAGCAACUGUGCUUGUAUUUCAGGAACCUCGCUGGUGGUACGGGUCACAGAACUAAAUACUGUUACAGAUGUUUCAUAAGAAUUAUAUCUUCUUUGUUUUCAAAGGCUUGGCAGCUGAGACAUUUUGAACUAGUAGAGUUACUGUUCAUAACAUUUUUUGUUGAUAGCACACAUGCCAGAAUUGAAUGGUUUUAGGCCAUUAACAAGCCAAUCUGUUAAGUAGGUUAUUCUUUGGGAAAUCAUUUGUUUUCUUUUUUAAGAAAUGUUAUUUUCCAAACUGUUCUUGUCUUCAGAAAUCUUUCCCCAGACUUUUAUCUGCAUUCCUCUUUAAGCUUUCAGUACAUUUUCAUUCAUUUUCUCAGUACACAUUCUUCAGAUGGUCCUUGAUUCUGUUUUUUUUCUUAAAGUGGACAGUCUUUAGGUGUAAAUCCACCAGUUCUUGAUUCUUUGUAAGAAUUUAUGGCUGUAAAAUGUAUUUAAAUUUGUUCCUGGUCCUUUUGCUGUCAUUCCUUAUUGCCUUGUUGCAAUUUAUAGUGAUUUGGUCUAGAUGGUCCAAGUUUACUCAGCAAUAGCUGUCAUGCAUAUGGUUUAAACGGGUGAUUGUGAAUGAAUCAGGAAUUAGGCUCAGUCUUAGUAAUGCAUGCUUAAGCAUAGAACUGUAUUUUUAAAAGGUUUCCAUUUCCAUUGGAACUGGAUGAAUAGCCUUUUUUUAAACAUUUUUGACAGCCGCCCAGCAAUAUUGUGACUUUUUUGGUGUGUUUUUUUGGCUUAGUUUCAAGUACAUUUCUUUUCCUUUAUGGUAUGUGAGUAGUCCAUAAAUGUCAAGCUGUUCUGAAGGUUAGUGCACUACCCUCCCAAGUCCCCAGUGUGACCACAAUGAUGGCUGCAGCAAGUCCCUUUUGUUUUUAUUCUUCCAGUGAGUUGACUUCUUACAACUUUUAGUUUAACAUUAAAAUUCAAAUAAUUAAUGUGCUCUGUCCCUAUAAAAUAUCACAAGUUCAUAGCUGUAAUUGCCUGCUCAUAUUGUUAGCAGGUCUGCUUACCAAUAGGGCCCUAAUCUAAGGGUAGCAAGAAAUCAGGAAUGCCUUAUCCAUGGGCAGUCUUUAAUCAGAGGAAAAUGGGCUGGUGUCAAGUCACUCUGGCUGGGGAGGAAAAGGUGUUAAGAUAUGCCUCGAGACAUGUCUCGUGUAGUAUUAAUGCACAUGUUUAAGUGCAUUAUAUAGUGUGUAGUGAUGUAAGUCAUGGCCCUUGGCAAGAUGCAGCUAUGGGAGAUAUGUACCUUGGAUUAUUUACCUCCAAGGAAGCAGUGGCAGAACUCUGGGUUACACAGCGUGUAUCCCAUAUAAUGCAGUGAUACAGUUACUGUACCUGCAUGAUAAAAGCCGGUUUCUGAUUGUGGAAGUGUUAUGAGAGGCACAUUAUUUCUUUCUCAGCCGUGCUUCAUUGGCCAGAAAAUGAAGGUAUAAAAUAGCUUGUGAAUGUAUGGUUUUUAAACAGUAAAUUUCACAUACAGAGAAUAUAGAACUCUAGAACUUAUUUAUAGUUGGGAAGUAAUACUAGCCUCCUUCCUUGAUUGUCAUUCUGCCAUGGAGCUGCCCUAUUUAUAAUGUCUGGGACAGAAAGCAUGUUAAUCAUAGAUCUUUUCUUUAGUGUUCAAUAUACAUUUGUCUAAAUUUGCCCUCAUCUUUUUUUCUCGUUUGUACUUUGUAUUUCUCCAAACAAAUAUGUAUAUUAGGCAUUUCCUAAAAGCUAAUUCUGCUGUCAGCAUUUUUUUUUUUUAAUUUUAGGAGUCGGAAUAUUGUGUAUCUAAACAAGAAUGAAUAGUUAUGUCACACCUGAGCAUAUGGCAAAUGACCAUAUUUUUAGGUUCGUGUCUGGUUUUCAGUAAAACAUCCAUCUAUGGCUGUCAUAUGGUUAUAGGCAUAUGUAACUGCUACAAGUGCCUUUUCCCUUUCAUUAUUGCUCAAGAGAAGCAACAUCUUGCGAUAGGUGGGAUUCCAGGCACAAGUGCUAGAGACUGAUUGGUAUUUACAAGCAGAUAUUGUGAAGUAGGAAGGAUAAUUUUGAAAUUGUAUUAGAAUGACAUUGCUGAUGAAUUUUGCAUUCUAUUAUGGAAGACCAUAGAACGAAAUUUUUUUUUUUGGGGGGGGGUGUUAAUAUUAGACAUUACCGGGAAAAAGUUGUUGUCUGUGUCUAGAGGUCUUUAAGAAAGUUUGACUGGUAGUAGGUGUUGUUACCAGAGAAAAGAAGCAUUUUGAAGCGUUCGUGAAUGCAGUAAAGCAUUCAAAUGUGUUCACAGUACAUGUAUUUGGUUAUCAGAUGUGACACCAAAGAGGUGAACUGAAAACCGCUGUCAUACGUGAAUAAAAAUUGGUGAGGUGCUGUU